AGCACCCCGGUACACAGACCCGACCAGAGCGUCACGUCGGGCGCCCCGCGUGCCUAAGGGUAACGUGGACUGUACGUCUCCCUUGUCUCUCUCUCUCGCCGUCACGACAAUGUCGCGCGUCACGUGCUACCUGCGCGUGACUCCCGGUACGUCACGACAUUAUUCUUCAACGGCGACUCCUCGUCACCGAUGGGAAAUCAUCCUCCGAAGCGGAUAAAUUUUAUUCUACAGAUUCUUCGACGAAUCCUUCGUUCAACUCGCCAAAUAGUCAAGUGAUAGCCAUGAACCCAGGAUUAUCCGCGUGUAGAUAUUUUUCGUUUGCGUAAAUCCGACGUAUCAAUUGUGUUCUCUCACAGUGUUAGAUAUUGGACUCACUUUCGAUCACCGAUAGAUAUCGAAACGAUGUGAGAUAGUCGAGAGUGUCCUCGGCGAUUUAAUCGCGAAUCGUCGGAAAAUUAGUGAUUACGAGAGAGUCGCAUAUGCACGUAGUCGGUAAUCGUGCGCAAAUGAACGUGCCGGGAUCAAAUACCGAGGUAAAUCGGUAGCGCGAUGUUCUCCCAGAUGCGAUCGCGGAAUCACGGAUCUUGCUCUCGAGGACUCAUCUUCGGGAUACAGAGGCACGAGCAACCGAUAGAGAUUAUUACUCAUCGAAAAGUUUGAUACUCACGCGCGAACUGAAACUUGCCUCGUACUCAUCAUCGUCGUCGUCGUCGUCGUCGUCGUCGUUAUUAUCGUCGUCGACGACGACGGUCGUCUCAUAGCGAAAUUUCAUCGAAAUGUUCCAUGAUCGAAACGGAUGUGCUUCAUCACUCUCUCUUUCCUUCUCCUCCCUUUCCCGCCGUCGUGAAACUUUCCUGAACUUUUUCGCGAACGCAUGAGAAUUUUCAUGGAACUGGAGAAAUCAUUAGAACGUUAUCGGCUCCAUUAUAUCGUCUAUGUCGGCCAAAUUUCGUCCGAUUGUCGAUCAUUCAUAGGAAUCGUCCGCUCGUGGUUUGAUAUCUCGUGUUCAGUCGCGCCUUUAAUAACCGCAUCACGCAUAAUGAUUGAUCGUUCCCAGUUUCCGAACGGGUUCUCGUAUACAACAUACAUGAGCGAUUAGUGACCAGAAAUGAACAUUCCUUCGAUUAUCGUUCUCUUAUCGGAUCGUUCAACGUAUUACUGGACAUAUUGGGCUCAUCCUGAAGAGGACUCAGGUGCUGUCCCAUUUAAAUUCUCGUCGCGGAUGUGUGUAGUCGGAAGUGUUCAUGAAUUGACCCCGAAAAGUUAAACUCGCACUUUUCACGCGGUCCAGCAGUGCGUUCCCGUGACUCUCAACUUUGUACGAACAAGUGUGGGCAUGCAAUAUAGGAUGGUCCUCAUCCGUUGACGCGUUCGCGAGAGUGAAUCGGCGCGGAGCGUGUUUCGGACAAUACAGAUUAUUCUGGGCACGAGGACCGGAUGCUGCGAACGGUCGGCAGGACGUGGAUUUACACGCCACGCUCAGCUGGAGAGAGAGAGAGACUCUGACCGCUCUCGUUGGUUUUUUGCGUCGUGUUAGAGAGAGACUGCACAAAUUCUAAGAUCGAUGUAGACUACAUAGUUACAACUUCCCUGUUACACGUCGUCUCGACCGGAGCCUGCCUUUCAACGUUCAAAGCCGUCCGCUCUCAACGUUGGCGGCGGCGCGGAGGCCGGUCGUCUCCCAACUUUCUUAUUCAAGACAUUUUGAGAGCAAUUUAACUUGGACUUUGGUCAAAGAGUCCCAGUCUUGGAGCCGCCUUGUGAGAAGGGAAUUAAGAGCGGAAGGAAAGUGACUGCCGGGCCGUAAUACGGCCGGAUGGAAUACGGAGGAGUGGCUUGCGGGAGGUUGCAUCGUUCAUCGCGGACAAGUUAAAAAAGAGAGAUACAUCCCGGGAACCGUCGGAGUGCCGCCGUUGUCGAGAUUCACGAGGUGCAUCCGGCUGGCGGUGCAUGCGACCGGUUCGCCAUCGGCUGUCCAUCGACGACCAAGGUUCGCCGUACGGUUAUGCUGGUGGCAUCGCUGCAGGUGGCCGCCAGCAAAUGCUGUCAUGCCGCUGCCAUGCCAGCCGGCGGCCCGGAGCCGGCCGCUGGUCACGACGUGGUGCCUGAUCAGGCCGAUCCGUUGCUCUCUGCGCGUAGGACUCGCACUGCUGCCCCUGAUCGUCCUGUUAAUCUUGGCCGGCCGCAGUUGUGCGGCUUCCUCGCAGCCCGUGACCCGCUACGCCUCGCGCAUCGUCGAGACGAAGAGCGGACAAAUACGUGGGAUACUUCAGGAAUUGAACAGCCGACACUUAGACCCCGUGGAAGUGUUCCGCGGGAUACCUUACGCUGCGCCUCCCGUAGGAGAUUUAAGGUUUCGUCCUCCGAUCUCGCCGAUACCUUGGAACGGUGUCAAGCUGGCGGAUACAUUCGGCGCGGUGUGCCCGCAGAAUUAUCCGGACCUCACCAAUAACACUGCCGCGCUCUUGCAGAUGCCGCAAGGCAGGUAUCAGCAGCUCAAAAAGAUGGUCGUCUUCCUGGCCAACCAGAGCGAGGACUGUCUCUUCCUCAAUCUGUACAUACCCGGAAGCGGAUCUCGAGGACUGGAGGCGCCGUAUGCGGUGAUGGUGUACAUACACGGUGAAAGUUUCGAAUGGGGAUCGGGUAACUUAUACGAUGGAUCGGUCUUGGCUAGCGCCGGCCACGUCAUAGUGAUCACGCUCAACUAUCGUCUCGGCAUCUUAGGAUUCUUGAGGACUCGUCCGUUCCCUGACCGAACGAGCGGAUCCGGCGGGAAUUUGGCUUUAAAGGACAUCACGAUGGGACUCCGUUGGGUGCGUGAAAACAUCGGCGCCUUCGGUGGCGAUCCAACACGGAUAACUCUAAUGGGCCACGAUACCGGAGCGGCGCUGGUGAAUUUGCUAUUGCUCGCUCCUUACAGCAAAGGAUUAUUUCACCGUGUGGUAUUAUCCAGCGGCUCAGCACUAAGUCCCUGGGCCUCAGUGCACGACCCGAACGAUAUCAGGGCGAAGAUCGGCGAACAGAUGGGCUGCUCGACCGAGGGUGACGAAGACAUAGCUGACUGCCUCCGAGGAGUACCGUUGAAGACCCUCAUGGACGUGCAAUUACCGGAAAUCAGAUUUGUGCCCCGUAUCGGGCCCGGUUUACCGGUGGACCAAAACAAUCCCGAUCCAGGUCUGGACAUGGAGCGCGCGAGCGACGCAUUCAUCAAAGUGCCGCUGAUCCUAGGCGUUUCCACGACCGAGUCGAAUCUUGACUUCAACAACAACGACAUACAAUUCGGCUUUGAAGAGGAUCACCGGAAUCGCAUCCUUCGCACCUUCAUCCGCAACGCCUACAUCUACCAUCUGAAUGAGAUUUUCUCAGCGGUGAGGAACGAGUACACGGACUGGGAUAAGCCGGUACUUCAUCCCAUCAUAAUACGGGACUCGACCAUGGAGGCAUUGAGCGAUGGUCACACGGUCGCGCCGCUCAUGAGAAUCGCUUUCUACCACGCCAGGCGGGGCGCCAAGACGUACUUUUAUCACUUCAAUCAUCAGUCCAAGGACAGCGGCUACGUGCAGCGCCUGGGGAGCGUUCGUGGGGAGGACAUACCGUAUAUUUUCGGGCUGCCGUUGGUGGCAGGCGGGGCUUUCUUCCCGCGGAAUUAUUCCCGACAAGACCAGGGCGUUGCUGAGGCCGUACUCACCUUCUUCACCAAUUUCGCCAAGACCGGAAACCCGAACGAACCCCACAAGAUCGAGUCGGUCGACUAUGGCACGCCGAAGGAGAAGACGCGAUUCCGCGGUCUCACAUGGGAACAAUAUGAGACAGGAUCUCAGCAGUAUCUCACGAUAGCAUUAAAACCGAAGAUGAAGAGCCAUUAUCGCGGUCAUAAAAUGGCUGUAUGGCUUAAUUUGAUACCUCAGCUCCAUCGCCCUGGCGACGACGACGUUUCAAUGCGACAUCAUCACUUCCGGGAACGAGGCGAUCAUUAUUAUGCAGGACCGGUUCGGGACGAAUGGUACACGCCAUUGCCGCUGACAGGCACGACUCGAACGAGUUCUUCCUCAACCACCGCCUGCAGCACAUCUACGGGAGGUGAGGAUAGCCUUAUCGAGGAUAUUACUCCGAUUCUGGAUGAUUCCGAGGACGAUGCCGAGCUGCUACAGAGACUAGCGUCUCGACAUUACUACAGCACAACCACUGCCCUGGGGAUCACUGUGGGUGUCGGUUGCAUCCUUCUGGUUCUGAAUAUGCUGAUUUUCGCUGGCAUUUAUUAUCAGCGGGAUCGCGACAAGAAACGUGCCGCCAUGGAUUGUAGGCCGAAUGGACAGGAAUCUCUGCCGAUGACCACCAGGACAUCCAUAAAACCCUCCGACAAUCCGCGAUCCGCUCAAGAGCCACCUCCCUCGUAUACAACCCUCGCGAGAAGCCCUUCCAUUCAGGAACAGCAGCAAUUCGCGCCGUCCCAGGAAUGUCAGGACAGCGAGCAAUUGAGGAAAGAAUCGAGAUCCGGUCAUGGGACCAGCGGCAACGCCCACAAGGACGCGAUUCCUCCGAAACCGCCCGCCAGGACCACCAGUUCACUCACCACUGCCGGUAGCACCAACACUAUCAAGAAACGCGUGCAGAUACAAGAAAUAUCCGUAUAGCAUUAGGGGUUGCCCCCAGAGGGCAACGCGCGGACAAAGCGAGUGACCUUUAUGGACUCGGAAAAGGUCACCACGGAGUCCAGAUUUUGAACGAUAUAUUCCAUUAAUUGAUCAUUGGACAGUGCCGAUUAAGGGAAUUUUUCAUUUAUCGCGAUUAUGCGAACAUAACUCGAAUUCAACAGAAAAUGACUAUGUAACAGAUCUUUUACAGUGUGCAUUGUGUGUGAAUUGUGGUCAAAAAAUCAACAUAACAAUCUGACUUUAGCCAUUACUACUAAAAAUGGUCGAUUGUUGUCGACUGUUACUACUUGCAGCGCGAUAUUGCGACUAAAACGCGGUCGCACUACUGAACUGUUAUUAUUGUUAGAUUGCGCCUGACUAUUACUACUUAGGAAACUUUGUGACCGGUUCUUUCUACUGGUAGGAAUGUAAGAUUGCACGUGGUGGUUAUUUCUAAUAGAGACGUGGAUUGUACGUAGCUGAUAUUUAUAAUGAAACGGAAUAUUCUCUGUUGUUUUUAAGAAAGUGAUCGCUAAAGUACCCCUCGUAAUUCGUCGCUAUAUUAUGUAUAUAUCAGGUGCUCACAAAAUAUUUUAUUCAAAGGACUUUUUUGUAAUUGAAGAUAUCGAUACAAUGUUUCCUAGCCAUUUAAUUCAUCGGAAUAAAUACUGAUUCUCUCAGAGACCGUGGCAAAUACGUGGCCUUAAGUAUCAGUACAUAAAGGAAACGUAUCGGUAUUUUCGAUAUCAUAGAAAAAGAGCGCCUGACUAGGAAAUAUUGAAACGAAACGUAUAAUGAAAUUCUUGUUAAGAAGCUCUAAAUUGAAUUCUUUGCUAAAAAGCAAUUAUAUGUAUAAGAAUACCGUGUACGGAUCGAUACACAGUAAUCGACGACGACGAUAAUGACGAAUCUGAUCUAAGAGAUCUCGAAACGGAAUCGGAAUACCAAAGCCACGUAUACGAUCGCAUACCAAUCUCGACGACUGCUUUGUAAAGCAUCGAUUGGGAGGAAGAGGUACUCGAUUCGAAACGGAUCAAACGGAUUGGAUGCGAUAAGCGUUUGUUAUUCACAAGCAAAACGAAUACGGUGUGUACGGAAGUACCAUUCGUAUAAGUGAAAGUGCACUCGUCGUUUCCGCCUUUACAACACAUAGCUAGGCUACACCUCUCGAAACGUGUAAUUUCGAUCCUGUCGAGAACGGCUUAAUAGCGCUCGCGAAGUUUACUCGGGCGAAAAGCGCAAUUCUCCAACCGCGUUACCUGUCGCGCAAGUGCACAAUCACGAGUGCAUUCGACGGAGCAAAACCGUAGAACGGCAUCGGGAGUACGAGACUACGACCGAGCAGCGCGACGACUUUCGAGAGGGCGGACUCGACCCUCCGCUGAGUGUUCUUCUCGUAGAGAAUAGUCCGUCAUAAGUAUCGUACCACCACGAAAUUGCGGCUAGAACUCUUCAUCGUGAUGAUAUAUACACGUUCCGUAAUCAUUUCCAUCCGCGUUUCUUGUUCAAGAACCUCGAAAUUUCGCGAUUGACAGCGCAUCUUGUAUAUCCUUUUCUACUUUGACAUGCAAAACAAGGUACGAGUAUUAAUACUGUAUUAACUUCAGUAUUAACAUCAAAAUUAAAUAUUAAUAUAUUGAACAUGUUUAUAUUUUUAAUUACAAUAUUUUA